CAGGUGAUCAUGGCAAAAUUAGGAGAACUGGUCGAGAAGAUCAACCUCAGGAAAUAUCCACCUUUCCAAUACUUCACGAUGAUGGUAAUUUCCUUGACACUACUAACCAAUGGUGGUGUUCCUCUGUUUCUUACGUUUCUCACUUCAACAAAAGGCUGGCAGUGUCUCACCGACCAAUGUGACCCAGAGAAAAAUCUUUGUGAACAAACAAACUUAACAGAUGCUGAUUGGUACUCCCCAGCAUCUAAAGCAACAGACAAAUUUCUGAAGAGUUAUAAAGUUUACUGUGGUUAUGAGGGCUAUUUCAGCAUCAUAAGCAGCAGCUACUUCUUUGGUUUUAUGAUUGGAAUACUAAUUGGUGGCAAAGUUAUGGACAAGUUUGGCAGGCACAAAUGUAUAUGGAUUGGGAUAUUUGUAUAUUGCUUCACUGUACUGAUGCAUGCUGGAAGUAAAACUGACUUCAGAGUAUUUGGGGUGGCCCAUGCCCUGACAGGGUUUAUGUCAGGGUUCAUUGGAGCAAUAUAUGUGUACCAAUCAGAGCUCACUAUUGGCCGCUUGCGCAACCUUGGUUGUCAGAUACACAACGAAACAUUCUCCAUUGGCAUGUUAUAUGGGGCUAUGCUCUCUUAUUACAUCGAGAACUUUGCACUCAUUUGUAUUCUUUUAAUUGUGCCUGGCCUGUUUUUUGGUUUGAUAAUCGCUGUCUGGAUUCCAGAAAGCCCGCUGUGGUUACAAGUCAAUAAUAGGGAGGAAGAAACUAAGAAAACCCUCUCGUAUAUCGCAAAGUUUAACAACAUUAAGUUUCUGUUAGAAGAGAAAAUAGACCCUAUAGAGACUAAGGCUGAUGACACUGUAAGUGCUUUGUUUAGUUUCUCAAAAUCCACCAGGAGGACAACAAUAAUAUUCUUGUUCUCGUGGCUGACUGCUUCGUUCUGUUACUGGGGGCUUAGCUUCAAUGUGGGGGAUCUCAUUGGAAAUCUUUACAUGAACCAGGUUAUCAUUUGUAUCAUUGAUUUGGUAAAUCGCCCUAUAAAUUAUUAUGGUGUGAAGCGAAUGAAGAGAGUUUCUUUUCUGCGUGCUUGCAAUGUUGGUAUGGUGGUGUCAGCUGUCUUCUGUAUGAUUCCAUAUAAAAAGGAAAUAUUCCCUGGCUUUAACAUCACGAAAAUAUCAGCCCUCGCAGGCAGAAUGAUAGCUGAUCUAUACUUCACAACCAUCUACUUGUACACUUCAGAAGUUCUACCGACCAAUGUUCGUGGCAGUGGUCUUGCUAUUUGUUCCAGCACUGCUAGAAUUGGCAGUAUCAUGGCCCCCUUUGUGAUUGUGGCCAAUAAAGUCAGUCCUGAUAUCAACUUUACUGCCAUCCUUGUGUCUUCUUUCAUGUGUUUUGUUAUGUACCGCUGGAUGCCGGAGACUCACGGUAAAUUACUACCGGGGACUCUGUCAGAGAUGAAAGAUUUGGUGGAGGGCAAGGUUAAGUCUAACAUUAUUGAGAUGAGAGCUGGGGAUCAUGUUAGAUUAUUGGACAGUGAGUCAGAUGAUGAUGAGAGCCAUUUUGCUGUUAGUCAAGCAUAGAUUUGUGUUAUUUUAACAAUCUGAGGUAUGUUUUAUUUGAAAUAUUUGUCAUUUUUCAGAGCCAGAAAUGCAAGACUGAUUUCUUUCUUUUCUUUUCUUCAGUUUAAUUGCUUUUAAUUGCUUUUAGUUGCAUCCAAUUUUCACUAAUUUGUUUGAAUAUUUUGAAAAGCUGUUAAUUAAUUAAAACUUGUAAAUAUAACAAUUUAACCACCAGUAA